AGCGUUAUUUGUUCGAUUGAGGUGCACGAAGUGGUAGUAGUAGUGUAGUAUAACUUGUGAAGCUUUGGGAGUGUAGUGAGGUUAGCCUGAAAGCGUGGUGUACCCGCUAGCUAUUAUUGUCAUUAGAAUUUGUCGUUCGCCAUGAAAUUCUGAGCCACUGACAGAAUUCGUGGAGACACUAACGUGCGAUAAUGGAUAUUCCGUCUUUGCCGGAUGGGGUAUCAGUUUAUUCUGCAUUCAUAGCACUGCACAGAUUCCAGCUUGAAUCAUCUGCUGUACCAGAUCGUUACUGGAAAACGCUGUGCAGAAAACUAUACCAUCAAAUAUUUGACGCAGGGAAUACUUUUUCUGUUGCACGGAUUGAAUAUGACGAGGACGACGACAAUGGUGAUUAUGUUAACACUUACAGACCACAGCAUCGUGUUUUCAUAUCGUGUGAAGCCGGCGUGGAUGCUUCGGACCCCCAGCAUAUCUAUCUGAUUGAUCAUGCGUGGACGUACCGUGUUGAUUCCGCGAGGCAGAAUUUGAGAAGUAUGCCGGCUUUGCUUGAUCGUAUGGCUCACUUGAUGGGUGUUCAGGAAUCCGCGGAUGAGCAUUCAGAGGUUCUGAUCAACAAGGUCUUCAACGAAAUGUGGAAAUUCAACCAAACGUAUUCAGUUCCUUCACGGGAUGAAAUUGAAGAAAGCAUGCCAGUUUGGUAUGUGAUGGACGAGUUUGGUUCUGCAAUCCCGCACUCUGAUAAUCCGACGUUUAGGACUGUGCCAUUUAUUUUCCUACCCGACCAGAUCACAUACACAUUGUUAUUUCCUAUUGAAAAUGUGGAUUAUGGCGAAGAAGUAACAAGAGACUACAUUGAAAGUUCUCGAUACGAUUCCAAAACUAGAGAUGCACUUCUAAUUCCAUGGGUGCCAAAAUCAUUUCUUUCAGAACCUUUCCAAUAUUCAGAACCAGAUAGUUCGUAUUUCUUGCAAGGACAUACGGCAGAAACAUUGCCAAACGCAUCAAAAAUUGCGACAUUCAGUGCCACUUCAAAGGAUAAGAUACUAGUUUUUUCUCAGUAUGCUUAUGUUAAUGAGUAUCUCACGCAUCCUAAAUUUGAAAUAACCCACGACGAGGAAAAUGCAGACAUCCUGUGGUAUACUCAGCAUUUCAAAGACUUCAAGGAAUUCAGUCAAUCAUGUUCUGAAAAAUUUGUAAAUCAAUUUCCAUUUGAACACGUAAUAACAGUUAAAGACCUCCUUGCCAUUGUGUGUCGUCGGGCGGCCAAGGAAAGUGGCAGUGUUUGCGAAGACACACUAGUAACAUACCCAGUUUGGCUACCAACUACAUACAACUUAAAGACAGAGCUACCUAAAUUUGUGUCUUACUAUCAGCACAGGGCAGAGAAGGGUCUAGAUAACCAUUGGAUAUGCAAACCAUUUAAUCUUGCGAGGGGUUUGGACACACACAUUACAGAUAAUUUGAACUAUAUCUUAAGACUUCCAUUAAGUGGACCAAAAAUAGCACAGAAGUACAUUGAGGAUCCUGUACUUUUUCAAAGACCCGAUUGUGGAGCUGUGAAAUUUGAUUUAAGAUAUGUUCUGUUAGUCAAGAGUAUAAAACCAUUAUCAGCAUUUGUAUAUCGAAAUUUUUUCUUGCGAUUUGCAAACAAACCAUUUGAUUUAAAUAAUUUGGAUGACUAUGAGAAACACUUCACUGUUAUGAAUUACAAUGAAAAUGCAACACUCUAUCGAAUGCUGUGUGAUGAUUUUGUUGUGAAAUUUGAGCAACAGUAUCCUAGUGUAUCCUGGAAAGAAAUAGAAGAAAAAAUAUUUUACUUAUUUAGAGAAAUGCUCAGUGCAGCAUCAAGCAAAAUGCCCCCUGCUGGAAUAGCAUAUAGCCCCCAGUCGAGGGCUGUGUAUGCAGCAGACCUUAUGUUGGCUUGGCAGACAGAUUCCAAUGACAGAAAAUCCAUGCAGCCAAAGCUACUGGAGGUGAAUUGGACACCUGACUGCAAAAGAGCUUGUGAAUACUAUCCUGAUUUUUAUAAUGAUAUUUUUUCUGUGCUUUUCUUGGAUGAUGUCAAUGAGAGAAAAUUUGCAUGCUUGAAAUGACACCUGCUAAGAAAUAUUUCGGAAAUUAAAUCACAUAUCCCAGUUCAAAUUAAAUUGUUAACAGUGAUAUUAAUGAAUGUAGCCUACAUGUCUUGACGUUUCAGUAGAAUUGUCAGGUAACGAGUUUAGUCUGGAAGCUCAGGCCAUCCCUUGGUUAGUCCAAGAUUUUUGUUGUUGUCCUGGCAUGACUCACUUCAUACUUUUAUAGUCUAGUGUGUUCAUAUACUGUAUUGGAAGUAAUCCUGUAAUUCAUUGGAUGUGCUUAUUUUGACAUAAGAGAGAAGCAGGUAUGGAAUGAGACCACAGCUAAUAAAAACUACCUGUUGUUGAAACCAACCUUUAGGUCAAUGACAAUUUUAACCUUUUUUAUGUAAAUAGUCUGUACAUUGAAAUAGUGCUUGAAGAUGUGAAUAUGAAACCUGAGUCCUCUAUAUUUUUGUAUUCAUACUAAAUCAGGUCUCUAUUUAUCAUGUCAUGACAUACUGUGAAGGAAACUGUAAGGCAUAGGCCUACAGUUUUAUACAUAAUACCCAUAAUACCUGUGGAAGAUUUCUUCAUUAUGUAAUACAACAUUUUGCUUCCAGUUUUAGUUUUUUGUAAUAACUAUGAUAAUAAUAUUAAAUACAGGGAGAAUGUUGGCAACAAUGGGCUGUUUCUGAAAUUAGAAGUGACCUAACCAGUAUCAUAGCAGGGUUAACAUGUCAUCAGAAUGACAUGUAUUCAGUGUGGAGCAAGUGUUGCACAUGACAAGCAAAGACACCUUUGUCCUUGCUACAGGUCAUUUUGCUACCAACAUCUUCAAUUCACAUUCACAUUUUUUUUGGCUUCACCAAUUCAUAACUAAAUUGUCACUUUGCACCUUCACGUAGACAAAUGGCCAUCCACAGCAGAUACUUCGCUUACCUCAUCCAAGAUUGAGGAAAGGAGGUGGAGUGGUUAGGUACUACCACAUUUGAACCAAAUUUUCUUUACCGCUAGCUUCUCCUCCUUCCAGGCACUGCUUGCACCAAUUUUAGAAACACCACUGCUGGCACUGUUUGUUUCAGACUAUUGAAUGCACUAUCAUUUUUAAACAUAAUUAAUGCACUCUGGUAUAACUUCAAACUGUGGAUAUUUUUUGUAAAUUCCUGAGAGCCUUGACAUUUGCUCAAGUAGAGGCUGUCUCAUAAUACAGGUUUUGAUUGUUUGCACUUGCCAUCAUUAAUUGGCCUGUGAGGUGUGUGUGUUCUCUCUGCUUUUAUAGUUUCUCUGCCUCUUAACUUUAAGAAAAUAUUUUCUGUAUUUAUUUGUUAUUUUAAGAUUACUUAAAUUUCUUUAGAAUGUGCAACUUGGAGAAUUGCAGUCGGAGUCCACAUUAAAUUGUGUCUCCCUAUAACUAGCAGGUAAAAGCCAGUCCAUGGAUCAGGGGAAGGAAGUGUAUUUCACCUUCAAUACGAUUAUGUCUAGGAAAACACUGUAAAGUUCAAACCAAUAUCUUACAUCAAAGCUUUUAAUCAACAACUAGAUUGUUAUUACAGCCAUUCUGUGGUGUAUCUUUCCUCAAGUGGAUGAGAGACCAGCAAUGUAUGCAAGAAUUUCCAUGAAGACAAAGGAGAGUGGUCUUGAUAGAAUAGAGCUUUGGCGCUGGUAGACAGAGGUGAACUUGUGUUUUCCGAGACGCGGCUAUGUUGUCUUGCUAAAGGUAUAAUCCAGGUUUCUGUAAAAUUCUGACUUAAAAUUUUAAUCUGUUAGAGAGGCUUGUUGCAGGAUACACAGUGCUUCGCAGUGGAAACCUCCUUAUUUCUCGCUGUUAUUUUCUGAUUCAGUUGUCAUCAACUCUCAUAUGCCAGAGAAGUGUGUUACUUCUAUAACAUAACUUUAAAACAAAUCUCAGGACAGCAGUCAUGCAACAUUAGAAACUGUACUUUGAACCAAAUGAAUGAAAAAUAAAAGUAAUAUAUGCACACACGAUUCACAUGAACAACUUGAAAGGUUCACAUCCUUUGGUUGAUAUAAAUAUUGAAGUAUCAGUAAGAAUGAAAACUACGUUCUCGGUUAAGAUGAUUUUGUGCUUUCUUUAAUCUUUUUAAAUCUUAGUAAGCUACAUUUACAUUUGUAAUAAGACAUGAGAUAAGUAAAAGGCUACCAUGAGACAAGCACAGAAAAAAUAUACAAAGUUUAAAGACUGUGUGUUCUUUUAACAGCUGGAAACUGUGAGCCAAUACCUUGAAAAAAAUAAAAAAGUUGCUCAAAUCUAUGUGAUAAAUGUUAUUUUUGUAAGAAGCUCUGUGAAGAGUCAAUAAUAAUAUUAUAUUGUGUUCAUCUGGAUCCUUGGUGCUUACAACAUUCUCAUUCUUUGCCACUGCCUGUGCACUCAACUUUUUUUGUCUGUUUGUAAUUAAUGUGCUAGCAAUAAUGUUGUCAUUGCUGCUGGUGCUACACUGCCUGUGUUUUUUCUUUGGUACUCCAAAAAAUAAUUUAAUUUGACAAAUAUGUUGUGUGAAGUACUUUAGUUUGAAUACAUAUUAACUUGCGCAGGGUCACCAGAAUUAAUAAAUAUGGUCUUUGGAUAACAGUUGUAAGUAUGGUGUACGUAAUGUUGUCAGAGAUGUUCUGAAUGACCACUGCCAGUAGCAGUUGACAUCCAAUGGCUACAGUUUCUAUGAGGAAUGUACACACACAAUUUUUGUAUGGUGUGGUAUCUAGUGCAAGAUUUUAUAAGUUAUUUAUUGUUCAAUAUUUGAUGGUUGGCACAAUGCUUUCCUGCAAUACAAUACAUUACCAUUAUUAAUAAGACAAGCAUUUCCUCAUUUCUCAGGCACACAUUAGAUAAAGAAGAUUAACACCUUGCUGUAACACAGUGGGGGAGACUUAAACAUUGGCACUACAAAUAAAUUUGUGGCAACUAACAUUUUACUAGAAAAGGUGCCUCAAUAGGCAAAUUGAAAAGACCAGUAAAACGUUCAUUGCCAUUGCACAUUAUUAUUUUGUAUGUGUUCUGCCAAUCCUUAGUUGCAGUUAUAUUACUAUCCAUGGAGAUGUUUCAUCUUCACAACUAAAUAAAAGUCUGU